CGUCGGAAGAGCCAAGUUCGAGAGUUUUCGUUAACUUACGGGAAUUUACGGAAGCUCUCAUCACAAAUAUGGCAGCCCCCUUAGAUCUCAAUGUUGCAAGGAAAAAUUUAUCAGACGCACUCGGAGAUUCAAUGAAAUUGUAUUUACACAAUUUGAAGUCCUGGUUUAAACAGAAGAUCAGUAAGGAGGAUUUUGACCUGGAAGCAAGGAAUUUGUUGAGAGAAGAUGCAGUGCACCUACACAAUGAGUUCCUCCUGGCCAUCAUCGCCCGCUGCCAAGUCAGCAGUGCCACCGCAGUAUCAAAAGAGAAGUGUCCGUCAAGCUCAACUUCAACACCCAGUAAACUCAAGAAGGGCAAGAUCAAGCGGAAAAUACCUGGAGGCCGUGCAAAUCUCCAGCAACGUUUUGUGCCGGUCAACCCAACAACUCAUGCCCACAAGGUGACCACACGGUCCGUUGAUGAUGGAGUGACACCCUUAGGAUUCAUGAGCCGCGACUGCCUGCUGCCUGACAUAUCGUUGAUGCAUGGUCGGAUGUUGGUGUGUGCGUGGGAGUCCGACCUCCAGGAUGUUGCCUCCGUUACUGUCAAAUUACUCAUCCAAGCAGUGGAGACUCAGCUUAAGAAUAUCAUCUCUCUGGUACUGAAAGCGCGUCGAAGUGGGUUCAAGCUCACGAGAAAAGAAGUUCGCUAUGGCCUGGGUGCUUGAAUGCCGAACCGAUAUUUGCGUCAGACCCAGCUCAUGGAUCAGAGCGACUACUGAAGCUAUGCCACUGCUAUAACUCAGACUGGCCACCACGCUCCCAGCAUCAAGUCCUCCUUGGAUGUCGGGGAGGAGACGGCCAUGCACCAUCUGGCCACCUCCCACCAGCCAGCUGAAGAUAUGGGCCCCAUCAGCCUGUAUGAUCUGCUGGACACACUGAAGCUGUAUCGCAGCAGCAUCCCAUCCCAUUCGGUAUAUGCUCCUGCAGUGGAGCGCAUCCUGCAUCGUCUUUGGCAUCCCAGCAUAGAGGAGGUUGAGCAGGAGAGCAUCCACCAACAGGAGGUCUACCUCAAGCAGCAGCUGGCCAAUCAGCAGUUACCUGUCCGAUAAACAGCCAAUCGGCAGUUACCUAUCUGAUAAACAGCCAGCCAUCAGUUACCUGCCCAAUGAACAGCCAAUCAGCAGUUACCUAUCUGAUAAACAGCCAGCCGUUAGUUACCUGCCCAGUGAACAGCCAAUCAGCAGUUGCAUGUCUGAUACACAGACAGCCGUUAGUUACCUGCCCAGUGAACAGCCAAUCAGCAGUUGCAUGUCUGAUACACAGACAGCCGUUAGUUACCUGCCCAGUGAACAGCCAAUCAGCAGUUGCAUGUCUGAUACACAGCCAAUCAGCAGUAACAUGUCUGAUACACAGCCAAUGAAAAGUUAUUUGAUUCAAAUCUGGUCUGUCAGUUGCAGUUUUGUGACUUGAAAUACUGGACAGCUGUGUUGAAAAGGGUCCUUCUAUCAGAGUGCUACAAGAGUAAGUCUUCAAACAGAAAUGGAAGGUUUCAAGAUACAUGAAACUUUAGAGUACUAUAUGACAGUGCUGUAAUUUCAAGCUUGUGAAUGAAAUGUUUGAGUAGUAUCUAUCAAAAGUUUUUUUUAAUAUGGCUGCGAUAGUGACCAUAUUGAAAUGGGAUUCAACCCUUUUGAACAAAGUACAGUGUCAUAUAUCCUUCUGUGCAAAGGUCGAGGUCUGUACACUGGGGUGGUCCCAUUUCUGAUUUGCUGAAAAUGAGAUGCUUCAAAAGAAGUAUUGCUUCUGAGGCAUAAUGUCCAGUAUCUGAAUAUAUGGGUCAGCAAAAUCCCAGCCACCAGGAAGAUGCAGGUAUCCUUACUCACUACUUGUUGUCAAUCAGGUGUUAGCUGGUUUAUCUUGUGAUGACUUGUACUGUGUACAUAGACAUCAAUAAAUGUAUUUUAUACUCA